AUGAAUAGAAAAAAAGACAGAACGCAGGGAUGGCGUACCUCAACUUCUUCUAAAUACCACGACGGCUGGAGGCAGAGCAGCGGCGGUGGUGGAGAGCACGGCGAGCGGACGACGACUGGAGGCAGAGCAGCGGCGGUGGUGGAGAGCACGGCGAGCGGACGAUGGCUGGAGGCAGGAACGAGAGCGAAGAAACGAGUGAUGAGGAAGCCCUCACGGAGGUUUGCUGGGUGUGGAAAAUGUACCCAGCAGUCGGAGGUUUGCUGUGGGUGCCGCUCCGUGGAACCCGCCAACAAAGAGACACCGGGUUGCUUCGCCGGUCAGUUUGCAGGUCGGGAACCUCACCGGAAGUUGGAAACGGUUUGGGUUUUGAGGGCCAAAACUAUCAGCAGAUUUGUCGCUUGCGCAGUGGCAGUUGGGGGAGAGAGAUCUGCGGAAGCUGGGGUUGAGGGCAGAAGAGAGCUGCUAGCCUGCUGCGGAAGACGGAAGAGAUGGCGUCUCCUCUUUCUUCCUUUCGCACGGACGGAGAAAGGCAGCUGCUGCGGAAGACGAAAGAGAUGGCGUUCCUCUUUCCCCCUCUUUCUUCCUCUCGCACGAGACCAAUGCCCUAACGGGCAUUUUCUUGUUUGGGUGGAAACAUAUUCCCGGAAAUAUUUUUCUGAAAACCCAUCGUACAAUUUUUUUUUUCCAAGGACUUAUUUUAAAAAAUUGAACUUUGCACCAGUUUCUUUUUCCCGCUCUCAAUUGAUUCACCUCUCUCUCUCUCGUCUCGGAGGUCGUCGGUCCCUCCUCUUCUCCCCUCGUCUCUCCAUCUCUGUCGUGUCUCUUUUUCUCGUCCCCCUUUUUUCUCUCCCCUUUGUUUCUCUUUUUCCCGUUUCCCUGUUUCUGUUUGCAAGGAACUCGUCUCUCGCCUCUCUCGUGUCUCUGUGUCUCCAGACGAAGAAGCUCGUCAAGGAACCAGAUGAUCAGACGCCAUCUUCAGGUGCAGUUGUGACUGGAUGAAGGUUUGAUUGGACA